UUGUUUGCCGCCAUAUUAUAAGACGAACCAUAGGAUACAAUGCUUGUGUAGUCGUGAACAUCUGGAUACGUUUAAAGCUAACGGUACCAAAUUAUCCAAAAAAUAUGGUAAAACGUUGUUGCUGGGGUACUUGCGAUAGUACCACAAGAUACCCAGAGAGGCUAGAUGGUGUUUUUUUUGUACCUUUUCCCAAACCCCCCAAAAAUGUGGAAAAGUGCAAGCUGUGGAUCAAACUCUGUGGCAGGCCUCAUUCCCUGUUGAAUAUUUCCAACAUCACCAGAGACACCUACAUUUGCUCUAAGCAUUUCGUUGAUGGGAAGCCAACAGCUGAGCACCCACACCCGGUGGAUGCUUCAAGUACUCACGUGGUCUCUCCUGGGUCUUUUUCAAGCGAAAGUGAAGAGUCAGAAGAUGAGGACUGGAGGCUUUCUCCUACUGCUUUUUCACCCUCCCCAGGGAAGAAGUUGUCUACCUCUUCACCCUCCAAAACAAAGCCUUCUUUCUUCCCGUCAUCCUCGGCGACUCCAAAGGGCUUGCAAAGGAAAAGGCGCUUUUCCGCUGUUUCUCCAGAGAACUUUAGAGAAAUUUGGAAAAAUGAAACUGAUAAAGAUCAGGAACCUGAACUGCCCAAGUUUAUUCCAAAACGUACACCUGGAGUGCAGGUAGAUUGUACACGGCCAUACUCUCCUCUAGAACUCUUUCAACUAUACUUUGACAUGGAUGUUGUUGGAAAAAUUGUGCUUCAUACCAACAAAUAUGCUGCAAAGAAAAAAGAACAAGGAAUAAAGCAUCAGUGGCAACCAGUAGGCAUUGAUGACUUGUUUAAAUUCAUUGGCCUUGUAAUUUAUUUGGGUCUCUCAAAAGCCAAAAGCAUUAGAGACCACUGGUGCACCAAGUCCCUUUAUAGUCACCGGUUCCCAAGCAGAAUUAUGAGUAGGAAUCGGUUUCAAAGCAUCUCUGGCUUUCUCCACUUAAGUGACCCAGAUGAAGAUUUAAUCAAUGACCGCAAGAAGGGAACAUCUGGGCAUGAUCGCCUCCAUAGGAUCAAGCCUCUGUUGUAUGACAUGAUCUUAGCAUGCCAGACAUAUUUUCAUCCUUACAAGAAUCUUUCUAUUGAUGAAAGAAUGGUGUCAUCUAGGGCUAAGAUUUCAGUCAGGAAGCACAUGCAGGAAAAGCCUACAAAAUGUAGUUACAGAUUAUUUGUACUUGCUGAUUCUUCAAAUGGAUACACAUGGAAUUUUUUUGUGCAUGAAGGCAAAUGCAAAUCUAUGUCAGGCAAAGGACUCGGUUAUGACUCUGUUAUGAAGUUGCUUCCCCUUGACUUACUUGGCACAGGAUACCACCUCUAUGUGGACAGUUUUUACACAAGCCCUGCUCUUUUCAGGGACUUGCACAAAGCCAGUAUUGGGGCAUGUGGAGCAGUUCGCCAGACCCUUCAAGACUUUCCAAAAAACAAAGCAAAUGAUUUUUCCAGCAAUUCUGAAAGAGGAGAUGUGCGUUGGUUUCGAGACAAGGAACUUUUGUUCAUGAAAUGGAAAGACAGCAGAGAAUUGAGGAUGUGUAGUACUAUCCACAAGGCCAGCUCAGCUGACGUAGUCAAAAGAAAUGUUAAAGAGAAAGAUGGCUCAUGGGUGGCGAAGCACAUGCCCGUACCAACUCUUAUCAAAGAUUACAAUAAGCAUAUGGCUGGUGUCGGCUAUUCUGAUGCUUUAAUUAACACUUAUAAUUCCCUCCACAAGACAAUGAAAUGGUACAAAGCUUUUUUUUACCAUUUUGUAGACAUUGCAUGUGUCAAUAGUUUCCUCCUUCAUCAGGAAAUUGCAAAGUCGAAGGGACAAAAACCCAUGACCCACAAGAGUUUCAGGGAAGAACUAAUUGAGGCACUGGUGGAUUAUGUAGAUGAUUCCCAAGAAUCUGAAGACAUGAUGUCUGGAAAGGAGAGAGCACCAUGUAUGCCAGAAUUCAUCACUGCUGGAAUGGACAUUCACCCUAGCAUGAAAGCCUCAGCAGGAAGAAGGUACUGUGCAAACUGCAAGCUAGAGAAUAAACACAAUAAAACGCCAAUUAUUUGCCGGGUCUGUGAUGUACCACUGUGCCUUGUACAUGGUCGAAACUGUUUUCUCGACUGGCACAAAAAAAAGAGGGGUAGUCUGUCUGUCAAAAAGUACACUGGAAAAUGAACCGAACUGACAAUCAGCAACUGAAAUGCUAUA